UCAACCAACUGGUGCCCUUAAUUCAGAAGGACAACAGCGUGCUGCCUUGCAAACUGCUCACACUCAGUCUAUGGGGUAUUUUAUAUCUCAAGACUCUCUAUUUGGAAAUUUAGUUUUACCAGUGUUGCCCAGGUUUGAUUCUAAGUAAUGUUCCCAUGCUUAAAACUAAGAAAAUUGGAAGAAAGGCUACAGUGUAUUGAGGAGUUUGAGAGACCUAAAGUAAAGUUGGAACAGUAUGUUACACCUGCACAUUUGGGAACUCAUAUGUUACAUACCAUUCAGUCUCAGUAUGGUGAUUUAGAUGGUAAACUUGUGGCAGAUUUAGGCUGUGGCUGUGGGGCUCUUUCCAUUGGAGCAGCUGUAUUAAAUGCAUCAUUAGUAGUUGGUUUUGAAAUUGAUGCCGAUGCUUUACAAAUAUUUCAGGGGAAUGUGGAAUCCCAUGAUUUGACUAAUGUUGAUUCUGUACAGUGUGAUGUACGAUAUAUUCCUGAAAGGUUUUACAAGAAGUUCGAUACAGUCCUUAUGAAUCCGCCUUUUGGAACCAAACACAAUGAAGGAAUUGAUAUGAAAUUUUUGAACACAGCCCUUUCACUUUCAAAUAAUGCAGUUUAUUCAUUGCACAAGACUAGUACUAGAAACCAUAUUUUGAAACAUAUAAAUUAUCUGGGGGCAAAAGGAGAAGUCAUAGCACAGCUUCGAUACGAUUUGCCAGCAACUUACAAAUUCCACAAAAAGUCAUCUGUAGAUAUAGAGGUAGAUUUUUAUAGAUUUAUAGUGUAAAUUCUUUUCAUUUCAAUAAUAUACCUUUGAAUUUCUUAGUAAA